ACCGCGCGAAGGCACGGUGAAGAGACGGACGAGACACGGGUCGCGAGUUAAUUAUACGAAGCGCUAACGAAUCUCUCGCGGCGGAGACGUGUGCGUAUAAGAGGCCGACGUGAGGAGAUUUCCAAAGCAGUUCGGCAUUAACCGGCGCCAUGGAGACGUUCGUGCUGCUGCCGUUUUUCCUACUGAGUCGCGUGCCGACGGACGUCGACACCUGGCGCUAUGGACCGGAGUACACCUUCGUGGCGGACGCCAACAUGACCACCCUGGAGGGACGCUCCACCCUAGACUUCUCCGUCUGCCAGGUGUACAGCACGCUCAAGUGCCGUCUGCGGGACUCCGAGACGCUGCACUGCCACUUCGGCGUCGCCAACAUCACGAUAUACAAGGACCCCGUCGAUGUUCAGGAGGACGAGGACAGUUGGUUCCACGCGCCCUUCGACAUCAAGUUCGACCGCCGGGGGAUUCGCAGCCUGGUGGUCCUGCGGGAGAUGAGCUCCUGGUACCUCGAUAUGGUGCGAGCGUUCGUCAGUCAGCUGAGCUUGGGCGUGGAGCUGCUGCACAUGCCGGACGGCGCGUUCACGGCCGUGGACAGUACGUACAACGGCCAGUGCGAGACCUUCGUCAACAUCUCCCGCGAGGUCCAGGGUAACGAGGUCUCGGGGGCUGAGGACUACGAGAUCUUGCCUAUGAACGGCAUCCGCAAGAAACCGGGCGAGGUGCUGGUGAUCGACAGGACGAGGAAUCUGAAAAAUUGCAUGGACAACAGGAAUUACAUCAUGUCGGGCGAGCUUAAUCGCGCGGAGACGCGGACGCUGGCCUCGCACAGCCGGAUCGAGGUAUCCGACACGGACUACGAAUCCUACACCGAGAGCAUGAUCGAAAUCAUAAAUAGGGGAAUUACUAUUUUGUUCCACGAGAAGAUCAGCAUGAACCUCGUCUCUGUGCUCCCCGCCAAGGAACCGCUGCGGCCAUUCUCAAACGACACGGUGACUGUCAGCCUCUACGUGUACAGCGAAAAGAAUUAGCAAACUCCCGUGAAAGAGAGAGAGAGAGAGAGAGAGAGAGAGAGAGAGAGAGACGAUUGUUAUAGAAUAAAACCGUGAAAAAAAUAUGUUGUAUUUCAAUGUACCGUCGCGUGCGGAAGAUCUUCUUCCGCGUGCCGGCGUGUUAUAAACGCAAAUAAACGACACGAGAACCGGCAA